CCGCCCGUCCAUCCAUCCAGGUGAGAUCCCUCAAUGGAGCUCUCCCUCGUCUCGGCGAGGCCCUCGCCGCGCGCCGCCGCCUCGCCGCUCCUCUUCGCCCCGCUUAAACCCUUCCCCCUCCUCCGCUUCCCCCCGCGGAACCACGCCGCCUUCGCCCGCCUCCGGACCCGCCGGGUGGUCCGCCGCGCGGCGGCCUCGGGCGACGGCGACGAGGAGGAGGUGUUCGGCGGCCGGAGGGAGCAGGUGUUCGGCGGCCGCAGGGAGCUCACGGGCGUGCAGCCGCUGGUGGAGUCCCUCCCGCCCGCGGCGCGCACGGCGGCGGAGCUCGCGGUCGCCGCGGCGGCGGUGGCGGCGGGGUACGGCAUCGGGCUCCGCCUCGGCGGCGGCUCGCGGGCCGCGGCGUACGCGGGCGCGGCCGUGCUCGGCGCGGCCAGCGUCGCGGGGGCCGUCGCGGUCAACUCCAUUGUGCCGGAGGUCGCCGCCGUGGGGCUGCACAACUACGUCGCCGGACACGACGACCCCACCAAGCUGGAAGCCAGCGAGGUCGAGGCCAUCGCCAACAAGUAUGGAGUUAGUACACAAGAUGCUGCCUUCAAAGCAGAGCUCUGUGACUUGUAUGCCAGCUUUCUUUACUCAGUACUUCCUCCAGGAGAUGAAGAUCUUAAAGGUAACGAGGUUGAGGUUAUUGUAAAAUUUAAAAGAGGUCUUGGACUCGAUGAUGUUGAUGCUGCAAAUAUGCACAUGGAGAUUGGUAGACGCUUAUACAGAGAGAGGCUGGAAACAAGGGACCGCGAGGCUGACAUCGAACAGCGGCGGGCGUUUCAAAAGCUGAUAUAUGUGUCAAAUCUUGUCUUCGGAGAUGCAUCAGCCUUCCUACUUCCAUGGAAACGUCUUUUCGGGAUCACUGAUUCUCAGAUAGACAUUGCUAUGCGGGACAAUGCCAAAAAUUUAUACGCGAUGCAGCUGAAGUCUAUUGGUAGAGGUCUUGACAUAGGCACACUCAUUGAAGUAAGGAGAGCACAGCUUGCUUGUAAACUUUCAGACGAGAUUGCUGCUGACAUGUUCAAGGAGCAUGCAAAGAAGUUGAUUCAAGAAAACAUUUCAACAGCUUUAGACAUUUUGAAGUCGCGUAACAAAGCCACGAAUGACCCAACCCAGGCUAUUGAAGAAGUAAAGAGUGUCCUUGCAUUUAAUAGCCUGCUAACCGUACUGAGCAAGCAUCCUCAAGGCGAUCGAUUUGCAUGUGGGCUUGGACCUAUUUCAUUAGGUGGAGAGCAUGAUCAUGAUAGGAGGGCUGGUGAUCUAAAGAUUCUCUAUAGGGCUUAUGCAACAGAAGUACUUUCAGAAGGACUCCUUGAUAAUGAGAAGCUUACUCCUUUAAAUGAUUUACGUAAUAUAUUUGGAUUGGGGAAGCGUGAAGCAGAAUCGAUCAUCUCCGAUGUUAAAUCUCAAGCAUACAGGAAGAGACUUGCAAAAUGCUUUAACAGCGAUUUGGCUGCGGCUCCUAGCAAAGCAUCGUUCCUCCAAAAUCUCUGUGAAGAGCUACAUUUUGAUCCUGAACUCGCUAGCAAGAUGCAUGAAGACAUUUACAGACAGAAGCUUCAGCAGUUUGUAGCUGACGGAGAGCUGAGCAAGGAUGAAACAGAAGCUUUGAUGGCAUUCCAAGUGCGUCUUUGCAUUCCUCAAGAAACUGUCGAUGCUGCUCAUGCUGACAUAUGUGGCCAGUUGUUUGAAAAGGUUGUCAAGGAAGCAAUUGUAUCAGUUGAUGGAUACAAUGCUGAUAGACGAGAGGCGGUUAGGAAAGCAGCUCAGAGUCUAAAUUUGAAAAAGGAGGCUGCUAUGACCAUCUUCAGUAAAGCAGUACGGAAAUUAUUCCUGAACUACAUUCAGAGAGCAAAAGCAGCUGGCAACCGCAUUGAGCAGGCGAAGGAGUUGAAGAAGUUAAUUUCCUUCAACACAGUUGUUGUAAGUGAGCUUCUAUCUGACAUUAAAGGAGAGCUAACAGCUGCUGAACCUGCAACAUCAAGUGCGACGUCAGAACCUGAGACCACAGAAUCUGAGGGAGAGGAUGGUGACUAUGAAUGGGAAUCCCUGGAAACAUUAAAGAAGACUAGGCCUGAUAAAGAGCUAAAAGAAAAGCUUGAGAAGUCAAGUCAGAAAGAGAUAACCCUCAAAGAUGAUCUUCCAUUGAGCGACAGAGCUGAGCUGUACCGAACAUAUUUGAUGUUCUGUAUAACCGGGGAGACGACCAAUGUUUCAUUCGGGACAGCGAUCUCCACGAAGAAAGACAAUUCGGAGUAUAUGAUGCUAAAGCAAUUGGGAAACAUACUUGGUUUAACCCGCAAGGAAGCUCAAGAUGUCCACAUUAAGCUGGCAGAAAAAGCAUUUGUCGAACAGGCUGAAGUAGUUCUAGCUGAUGGGAAGUUAACAGAAUCCAAGGCUGACCAGCUUGCAAAGAUACAGAAGCAGGUUGGUUUGCCUGCCGACCACGCACAGAAAAUCAUUAAGAGCAUCACAACAACAAAGUUGUCUUCCGCAAUUGAAGCUUCUAUAUCUCGAGGGCAGAUUGGUAUACAGCAGGUCCGAGGACUGAAGGAAGCAGAUUUUAAGCUGGAUAGCUUGAUUUCAGAACCGUUGCGAGAAACCAUUUACAAGAAGUGUGCAGAGGAGAUAUUUUCAUCAGGCACAGGUGAUUUUGAUGAAGAUGAAGUGUAUGUAAAGAUGCCUGCUGAUCUUAUGAUAAGUGCUGAGAAGGCCAAGUCGAUUGUUCAGGGCAUUGCAAAGCUUAGGUUGGAGAACGCUCUUGUUCAGGCUAUUGCUUUGCUUCGGCAGAAGAAGAAAGAUGGUGUGAUCUCAUCGCUCAAUGACCUACUCGCAUGUGAUGCGGCCGUCCCUGCUUCGAAGCCAUUGUCAUGGCCCACACUGGGAGAGUUGGAUGACUUGUACUGCGUUUACAUGAAGAGUAUCCCGAAGCCUGAUAAGCUAUCUAGGUUGCAGUACUUACUUGCCAUAAGUGCCGAGAAAGCUAACGAGCUUCGGGAUGCCGCAACAGCAGGCACGCUGCCAGUCACAGCUCAAGAGGAGGAAGAAUUGGCGUUCUAGGAGGGAUGUGAAGACACUUUUUUGUUAGGUAGCCAGCAGAGUCGAGCUCCUGCCACACGAGGUGCUGUGGCGCCAACAUCUGCUGUUUUAGCUAGGGCAUGGUUUUGAGAAGCGCCUUAUAAUCCCGAGAUGCAUAAAUUAUUUGUAUAGACAGAUUUGACACCACAAGGUGACAGUUUUCUGCUGCAUUCUUUCAAACCAUACUGAGACCAUUUUCUGUAUGUCCUUUGGUCGUGUACCACUACAAUCCCUUGAAAUAAAUGUGGUUUUGUUGUAA